AUCUUUUUUCAAGUUCUAUAUAAAAUGCAAUGGAAGGAAACAGUCGCUGCACACCAGACACAUCUCAAGCUAGAGUCUUCGGAUUUAUAAAAAUGGAGUCUCUUUUCACUGGUGGCCUUUUACUCACAAGUUUACUCCAGAGCGUAUUUGGUCUAAAACCCAAAGAAGUGUGCCUUUUACAAGUUGAUGAAGGACACUGUCGGGCAUAUUUACCGCGUUUUUACUACAACACAAUGUCCCAGGACUGUGAAGAAUUUAUUUUUGGUGGUUGUUCAGGAAACGCGAACAACUUCGAGUCGAUUCAAGAAUGUCGGAAAACGUGCUACACUAUACCAAAAAUUCCGCAAAUUUGUCGUUUUCCAAGGGAUAUGGGGACAUGCCGGGCCCUUCACAAGCGCUUCUUUUUCAACAUGACCUCCAUGCAGUGUGAGCAGUUUUUCUAUGGAGGAUGUAAUGGAAAUGAGAACAACUUCCAAAGCCAGCAGUCAUGCGUGGAAUAUUGCAUGCCUUCAAAAUCCAUUCCUGUGAUUUGCCAGGAUGUCUUGGAUAAAGGGAAGUGCUCAGCUUCCAUUCCAAGAUAUUACUACAGCUCUGCAACAAAGAUGUGUGAAGAGUUUAUAUACACAGGAUGUGGCGGGAGCAACAACAAUUUUGUCUCUAAACAAAGCUGUAUGGAUGUUUGUGCUAGAAAGAGCAAAAAAUGGAAAGUACGAAGAAAGAUAACUUCUAGAAAGCUUCAACGCCUAGCCCAGAAUGCACAGGCUCAUCUGCAGUAGAUCCCACCAAGAGCACUGCACUGAGAACCAGUAUAAAACCACAUGCUUAAAAAUGUUUCUCCCUUCAAAAUAAUUUGAAUCCACUUUUGUGGACGUAUUUCUCUUUCUCAGAUAACAGUAUGUAACUUAACAUAUUCUGAUAGUAACAGAAUAUUAAAAUAUUUUUCUAAGUUGUACUAUGUUUUGACGAUUGGGAUUUGCACUGUGAAUGUUUAAUAUACUAACUGCACAUUUGUUAUAUUCACUCAAGUUUGUAUUUUUGACAUUUGUAGUAUACACACGUUCAAAUCAGUAAGCUUCAUCAGGCUUGCUUAAUGCUUUCUACAGUGUUUUACAUUUCUAAAAUUCUUUGUGAAUUAUAAAGAUCUUUUGUAAACCUUUUGUUUGCACUGUGUGUUACACCAAAUUUCCCAAUGUAGUCUUUUUUUUCAUGUUUUUUUAAAAUAACUUUUGCAUUUUGUGUAAUAAAAGAUGAAAUGCAAAUAGUAUACCAGUAUGUGCAUGUACAGGUUAAGUUUAAACUGAUCUUCAAUUUUUUCAUGGUGUAUGUAGAGCCUUCCUCACAGAAUACACUUACACAAUGUGCUAAGUUUACAUUUUUUUAUUUUUUUUUCCUGUGGGAAUCCUUUAAAACAUUGGGAUUUUGCACCUAAUCUAUGUAUAUUUGUUAAGAGGAAAACAUUCACAUUUUUGGGCAUGUAAAUUUCAGUGGGAAAAAGGUCUUUAAAAAAUGCAGGGGUUUUAACCUUCAACUAUAAUCCAGUUGUUGAUAUCCCACAGAGAUCCCCAUUAGAAAACAAUAAACUCUCCCUCCUUAGAACCCUCCCUGUUAAAA